AUAAAAUAAUCCAGAUGUCUGAUUUAUGAAUUUUCGAUAAAAUGGAUCUUUCUUUUAAAAAAUACAUCAAGCAAACUGUUCAAGAAAGAAGAAGUAAAGCAAAGAAUAAAAUAGUCAACUCUAUGAGCUUCAGACCUGAAGAGAGAAGGAGUAUAUACAAGUCUUCCCUUUUCUCAAUGGAUAGUGUUCAAUUUAAUAGUCGAAUGAGCUAUUGUCCAAAGAUUAAAACACCAGCUCAGCCAUUUAAACUGGUUAGAGAGAGAAAUUGAACCUUUUCAUAUGAUGAAGUCCCCAGUGAAAUCAAUGAAGGAAAAGUGGCCCUUAUUCCUAGAUCUACCCAUCGUAAUGCUAAGGUCAGCAUGCACAUUUUGAAUAACGAAGGUUAUAAAAAGUGUAACCCCUUUGUUUCCAGUGAUGAUUCACCUGAUACAAAUUGUAGUACUAUUCGUAAACGUCGUCCUAAAUUUAAAAAGAGCGACAGUGAGAUAAUAAACUGCAUAAAAAUGCCAGAUCCUAAGUUGGUGAACCAAAAGAUGGCAUCACUUCAGUACACUGAGAAUACAUUGUGCAAACUUGAUGCUAAAGAUUUUUUCCCAGAGGAGACACCAAAGUUCUCGCUCAAGCAAAGCUCCUUAAAACCGGAAUUCUCCCUUUAGGGUUAUAUUG